AUGGCUACUUCCUCGUUGAAAAGCACCCGGAAAACGUACAGCUUCGAGGAGAGGGAGAUUCUGAUAGCGCUGAUAAACAAGUACGAAGAUAUCGAGGAUAAGAGGUCCGAUCCGAUAUCGAUGUAUAAACGAAAAUCGGCAUGGUCCCAGUUGGCCAACGAAUACAACUCGAUGGUGGGUCCGCAAGGAAUUCGCUCGGCCGUACAAUUGAGGCGUUGCUGGGAAAAUAUGAAAGCGUGUAAACGGAACAGGGAAGAGAAGAAAUUGCGUGGUAUAUCUAAAAGUUUCUGUCACAUAGCGAAAGAUCACGUGCGAUCUAAAAGCUGGGAAGGUAGGAAUUCAGUGCCGGAAGUGACCGGAACGAUUGGUUUACCGCCGAACGUCGUGUUCGAGCCGAAAGAGUCCGAACCGUUCACGCUGCAAAGCGUUUGCACUGUAAAACCUCCAAGACAAGCGAUGAAAGAAGAAAUUAAUCAGAAGGAUUCAGACUCCGCUAGUGGCAAAAUAGAAUCUGAUUCGUUACCGAACGGUCCGACGAUCGACUGCCUCGAUAAAUCCACCAACGAGAUGGACUCGUUGUCAGAGCAAUUACACAAGGACGAGACAGCUGAUAAGAGUCAGCUGAUCUUUAAAUCGAACGCGACCCAAACGUUGGUCUCGCCUUCGAUUGUUCACGAGCAGCCUCGUAGGACGAAAAGAUCUCUUCACAAAGAGGAGGAUCUGCACGUAUUGGCUCUGUCUGAGGCACAGAUGAAGGUCGACAUCGCUGCUAUGUUGAAAGAGGAGGCCAGGAUUAAAUUAGAGGAGGCUCACUAUCGUAAGGAGGAGGCCAGGCUAAGGAUGCUCCUCUUUACGUACAAGCUCGAUAGGAUAAAAGAGGAUUGAUCUCCAGAGGAUGCAAUC